AAAACUUAGCUUGACUCUAUACCCCAGCGUUCUACGCUGGACCAGCCCGAGGAACAACGAUCUCGAGAAUCGAGCGCUACCCGGAGAGGGAGAGGAGAAAAUCAAAUUCGUUUCUAGAGCGUUCCAUGAGCGUCUCGCCUCCUAUUGGCGACUAGAUUGACCUCAGACCCGCGACGAACCACUUCAAUACAGGGACCCUAGACCAAGUCUAGGGUCCUCGGUUUCAUACUCAAGAUGUUUAACAUGCGAAAUUUGACACAGUCUUUCCUAUAUGUGACGAAACUAUCGAGAAUUAUCGGUAUCAACGCUAAUGAUGUCGAUAUGCUCUAAUGGAUAAAGAAUAGACUGAAGAAGUCGCCGAGAAUCCGUUAAGACACUGAUGAACUAAUUUCUUGAUGAGUUUCGAAUGUGUUAAUUGACCUUCAACGGAUUUCAGAUGAUGCCCCUUCUGUCUUCCCUCCAUUUAUAAAACAGAGGUGACAAAUGUUCGGUAGUGUACGCGUCGAAGGCUUCGGCAGAACUUCGGCACAAAUUUGGAAAAAAUUGAUUUACUGACCGCAAAAUUAAUUAAGUCGCCUGAUCAUGGAGAUUGGGCUUUCUCUUUUCUAUUUGAGUCUCUAUAUGAACUCUUCAGUAGUACCGCCGACUGAGUCACCCGCUAAAGUGUCUAAUUUCACACCAAUCGUUGGUGGUCAAUAUGCGCAACCCGGACAGUUUCCAUGGAUGGCUAUAGUCCAUAAGAUGUCCUGGAAUGGCGGAUAUGGCGCCUGUGGUGGAAGUAUAAUAUCUCCAAGAUGGGUCCUUACUGCUGCUCACUGCACAGCUGGUAACCGGAGGCGAUUUGUUGUAGUCUUUGGAGAGACAGACCAAAGAAUGGUCAGGGGCGAGCAGUACUUCGGGAAAGGAGUCGCCAUGAUAACGUCAGAAUUCUACGCCCACCCAAGGGCCAUGCAAAGCAGAUUUGCAGACUACGAUGUUGCAUUACUCCGCAUGCCACGGGAUAUUCCAUUCGGAAAAACUAUCCAGCAAAUCGGACUCGCAGGAACGAGUUAUGGCGGCGAGGAAUUGGCGGGAAAAACUGCUAUGAUCAUUGGAUGGGGUCGAACCGGACAGUAUUCAACAACAGAAGACUUACAAUGGCGAACAAUACAACUAUUAAGCAAUCGUGAGUGCGCUCGCGACUGGCCUGCACUGAAUAAUAAUCAUAUUUGCAUUGCAUCAAGAACUACUCGAAGUAGUACGUGCUCAGGAGACAGUGGUGGUCCCCUUGUUGUUGGAACCAAAAAGGGUCUGAUGCAAGUUGGUGUUGUUAGCUUCGGUGAUGGAUAUUGUCCGACCUAUGCACCGAGUGUUUUCAUGCGGGUUUCGUCGUUCCUGGGGUGGAUACAACAAGUGACAAAGGAAUAAUCUUCAAGGACUAUGUUAAGACCUCUGUUUUCUGAUGUUAUAAAUGAUUGCGCGUGCGUUGGGUGCGUGUAUGUAGUAAUGAGGCGUCAGUAAUUGUUCAGUUGGAUAAAAUAAUUGUUUAAUAUGAACUAUAUUAAAUAUGAAGUUCAUAUAAUAACUGAAACCUAGUUGAAUUAUAUUUCCAUUGUCGUUAAGAGUUGUGUUAUUGUGGAUAAACAAUUGUGAGGAUGAAAUUUUCAUCUGAGACUUGAGAACAUUUUUUUUUUCUCGAUAUAAAAAAAUGAAAAUAUUAAAGAACUUUAAAAACUGUA